AUGUCUUAUUCUGGAGCCACGAUUGUAGCGGCUCCAAACGAGUUCAAGGUCCCUUAUACUACUCACGUGCCAAUCAGCAAAGUUCAGGUGAAACUUUAAAAAACCUUCAAGAUCUUUGAUAAUUUACGUUUUAGUUUUCUAAAGAGUGCAAUCAGAGAUUGUUGGCGGUUUCCGGAUGGGACGGAACCGUCCAUAUUUACGCUGUAGGUCCUGUUGGCCAAAUCGAGGAGAAGCGCUUCUAUUUCCACGGAAAAUCCGUUUUGGCCUGCACUUUCGCCGUUAGUUUUUAAUAAAUUCUCAGUGCAGUACUUAUACAAUCACAGGGGUACAAUAAAGUUGCGAGUGGAGGCUUGGAUCAGAUCGUAAGGUUGGUGGACAUCGAUUCUGGCAGAGGUUGGUUUCAAAGCUGAAAUUAUUUUUUCAUGUCUUUAUUUUAUUCAGAAACUAAUCUUGGAACACACGCUAUGCCUGUGCGAUGUAUGGAAUACAGCUCUCAGAGUGGGCUGAUCGUGUCUGGCGGUUGGGAUUCACAAAUAAAGGCUCGUAUCCAACAAAAUAAAUUGUCAUUUCAAGUGAAUAUUCAGCUAUGGGACGCGAGAAGCUACGCGGCAGCGCAAGUGGCUUCCGCGAGCGGACGAGUAUAUGCACUGGAUGUAAAUAAGGACAUGGUUUUAGUUGGAACUAAAGAGAGGUAAGAAGCUGCUUUGAGCAAUACAAAAACAUUGUUUCUUUUUUCAGGAAGAUUCACAUUUUCGAUAUCAGAAGAAUGGAUACGCCCAUUCAGACGAGGGAAAGCCCUCUUAAGGUAGGAAAAAGAAUGAAAUAUAGGAUAGUCAUUGAAUGGAUUUCAGUACCAAACAAGGGCGGUAGCGUUUUUCCCGAAAGCUGACGCUUUCGUAGUUUCUUCGAUCGAAGGCCGAGUGGCUGUGGAAUACGUCGAUCAGGCGCCAGAAGAGCAGAAGAAAAAAUAUGCUUUCAAAUGUCAUAGGUUCGUAAAUGUCUUUUUAAAUUCCAAAAGCAGGCGAAACCCAUGAGUUUUUCAGUUUAUUCAAUAUCACAGUUCUGAAAAUCGUAUUGAAGAAUUGAUUGCAGAGGCAAGGACACCGAUGGAACGGAACUUAUCUACCCAGUAAAUGCGCUCGCGUUCCACCCAAAACACGGCACGUUUGCCACUGGAGGCUCAGAUUCUAUGGUCAACAUUUGGGAUCCGUUCAAUCGCAAGCGCAUCAUUCAGCUUCAUAAGUAAGGAAACUUUUUUUUUCCGAAGUUCUUUUUUCGGCUCACUUAUUUUUCGGAAAACGAAUAUGGGUACUCAUUUUUAUUUAUCGAUUUUCUUUUUAUUUAUCGUUAUUCUUUUGAUGUAUUUGUGGUCGAAACAUGACAUCCUCACUAUAAAACAACAAAUAUAUUAAAAGAUCUUGAACAAUCAAAAAAUGAAUGAUUAUCUUUAAUAUUCGUUUUCCUAGAUUGGAGCCUCCAAGAUUUUUGCAUACACGAUCACGAAUAUUCGGGGACGCUCCUACCAUAUUUUAGAAAUUGACUUGCUUGAAAAGGGUGCCACGAAAUAAAAACCGGUGAAAUUUCGGAGGGCGACCGAUUUUUUCAUUUCGCUAGGUAACUUUCCGCAUGCGAAGUUUCCGACCUUUCUCGAUAAGGUCUUCGUUUUGAAUCUUUUUUAAAUAUGAAAUAGGAAUUUGAUAAAACACAAAGAAAAACGAAAAAAAUGUUAAUAGAUCUUUUAUAAAGCGAAAAACAGGGGGAAAAAGUCCGAAACGUCGCAGUCGGAGAGUUCCAGCUUUGGGUACCAAGUCACUCUCUGGAGCCUGUUCAUCCGCUCGUUGACAUUGAGGGUUCGAACUAGUCUAAUUCGAUGGUGCUGGAACCGAAUUCAAUUAAUUAGGAAAAACAGAUCUAAUACUUCGUUGCAUAGCCUUGGCUUUGAUAACAGCCUUGCAUCUUCGGGACAUUGACUCGAUAAGUUCGUCCAUACGCUGAUUGGGAUCUUCUUCCAAGUUUUUUGUUUUUCGAUUUGUUUUUUGUAACUGCAGGUCCAAGAAAUCGUUUUUUACAAAAACUUUUUCAAAGUUCAUCCCAAAACAAUGGUUUUUAACACAUUUAUGAACGAAAAACAAAAAAAAAACUCAUCCAUGCUCACUAGAGUAUAUUGAAACGCAGGUUCGAAACGACGAUCGCGUCGCUGUCUUUCAACGAGGACGGCACUCAACUGGCCAUCGCCUCUUCCUACUGUUACGAGAGCGAAGUUGACCCAGUCCCACUACCUCCCAACACAAUCACCAUUCGAGCAAUUACCGAGACGGAGAGCCGUCCCAAAUAG